AUGAAAUUUGCCUUAAUAUUGGCGCUAGCAAUUUUAAACACAAUUAAUAGUUCAAAAAUCAGCAAUAAAAACAUCUUAUUGCCCUUGGCUGACAUCGAAGUUGAAUAUGAAAUCACUGCUGAAGGUGGGUGCUUUGAUUGGAGUGCUUCAAAUAGUGCCAUUGUAGUCACAGGACAAGAUUAAUAUGGAUGCUUGAAGUCAAUAGGAAAAGUUAGAGUAGUGACUAAAAUGCCAAGUUAAACAUUUAUCUAUGUAAAAUCGAAGUCCUAAGAUGCAUCUCAAUUUAUAGUUGAAGUUGUGGUACAAGAUAUAAGCAGAUUGAGCAUAAUAACUAAAUAAAAAUAAUUGGAUUUGGAUACUUAAGAAGAAUUGCAUGUUUAAGCAUAUGAUGAUAAGGGAAAUACAUUUACAACAUUGGAAGGACUUAAAUUUGAAUGGAGAACUGGUUCAUUGGAAAUGGUGAAGUUUUCUGAAUCAGGACUAAAAGUAUCAGAGAAAAGAGCAAGAUUAGAGUUUAAUAGUGAUAUCAUAGUUGUAAAAGGAAAGAAGGAAGGCAAAGAAACAGUUUUUACAAGAGUGAUAGAGAAAAAAUAUUAUGAAACUAAAAUAGAAACUAAUGUAGAUUUAGUAGUUAUUUAAAAAUUUUAAUUUUCACCUGAUUAUCCAGUAUAUUACUUACCAACACAUUCUAUAAUCUAAUUCCAUCUAUUGAGAGCAGAUGGAAAAACAAAUAUAAAAUUACCAAGUGAAACUCAUUAAUGGAGUACUACAUCUAAAAUAUCAAAAAUUAACUAGAAUGGUGUUUUGACAACAUAAAAUGUAGAGAUGAAUUUGAAUCUCAAAGUAAUUAAUUCUAAUUACAAUUAAAUUCAAGCAAUAUAUCAUGUAGUGAAUCCUAAAUAUAUUGAUAUUGAUAUCUGGGAAGAUGGUAAAGACAAGAGAGAAGGAAAAGUUACUCAUUUGAUUGUUGGUAAAUUAUACAGAUUCUAAGCUUAUCUUAAAGAUGAAUCAAAUUAAAGAAUAUAUUCUACAGAUUUAUUCGAAUAUAAUUCUAAAGAUAUAAUAUUGAAUGAAUAGACUGUUAUAUCAGAUAUAGAGAGACAAAAUGUUAAAUUAACAUUUCAAAGAGGAACAUUGGAAUCCUUUAUUACUAUUCAUUUUGUUAAACCUAUCCAGAUAUAAACAAUCUUUAAAACCUAUAUUCAUCUUCCAAUUAAUGAACAAUAUAAUUUAAUUGUGAAUGGAGGAUCAGGAAAUUAUAAAUAUUUAUCAAGAUAUCAAUCACCUACUAUUUUUGAAAUUAAAAGUCCUAACAUUCUUUAAGCAUUAGAAUUAGGAGAGAAUAUUUUAAUAAUUUAUGAUGAAUUUAAUAUAUAUAACAGUCUAGAAAUAAUUGUUUAUGUGACUGAUGUCAGUUAAAUUCUUCCAUUUGAGAGAAGAAAAGAAUUAAUAGUUAAUGAAACUGAUGAUACUUUUUAUUAAGCUAUUGGAGAUCCAAAAGUAGGAAACUAUACUUAAUGUAGAGUAGUUAAAUUUAGUAUUGAUAAUUUUGAUACUUUUACUACAUAAUAAAUAAUAGGUGAUCUCUCUAACUAUUUAGUAUGUAAUGGUUUAAAAAUGUAAUCAUCAACUCCAGGUUAAUAUAAUCUUUAAAUUAAUACACAAAAGAUAUCUGUAACAUAAUAAGUAAGAGUCUAUGAUUAUUUGCAUUUUGAAAAACCAUUUUAUUAUGUUACUCCUCAUUCUACUAUUACAACUAAGGUUUUGGGAGGACCAACUACUUGGGAUUAAACACCAUAUAAUGAGAAAUUAUCAGAAGGCAUUAUUAAAAUUGAUAUGGAAAAAUAUCAUUUCAAUUGUUUCUAGAAUUAAGCUGAAUUCAAAAUUACAAGAAUUAAUAAAAAAUCAGAUUUAUUACCUAAUCCAAAACUUGUUAGCAAUACUCUACCUGUUAAAUGUUUAUUACCUGAAGCAUUUAAAAUUUAUAAUGAAAAGAAUCAGGAAGUUAAUUGGUUAUUCAAAGAAGAAACUGUAUAAAUUAAUGUAAUUGCUGUCUAUAAAACUUUCUUAUUCUAUAAUUCAAGUAGUUUGCAUUUAGAUUAUUCAACUCGUGGAUUAAAAUAUCAAAAUAGAUAUUUAUCAUAUGAUAUUUAAUCAGGUAUCUCAGAUUGUAAAUUUAUUGUGGCUUCUAAUUCUUAUAAUAAUCAUAAAGACACAUUUUUAACCAUUAAAAGUGAAUUAGAUUUAAUUAUUCAUCAUACUCUAAAACUGAUUCCAAGUGGAGAAUAAUAUGUUCUCAUUGAUUAAAGUGUGUUAUUUAGAAUAGAAUCAUCAACUAAUAAUAUAUAAUGUUAAUAUGAUAAUAAUAUUAUUGGAUGUGAAAAGGAUUAAGUUACAAUUACUCCAAAAAAAUUAGGUUAAUUUUAAUUAGUAGUUUAUGACUUAUCCUUAAAUUACAGUGUUUCAGCAACACUCAAUGUUAUUGAUCCAUCUCAAUUAAAUUUAGAAUUAAGUUAAUAGAUAACUGUAGUAGGAAAUUUAAUUAAUGCAACUUCUACAUUCAAUUAUUAUAAGAAACAAGUGCAUGUGACAACUUGGUCAUCUCUACGUUUAAUUGAUUCAUAUGGAUUCAAUAAUAUUAAUUAGGUUAAUAAUUAAUUUUUAAUUACUCCAAAUAAAGAAGGUAUAUUCAAAUUAUAAACAUAAUAUGAUUCAAUCAAUUCUAAUCAAGUUGAUUUGAAGGUUAUACCAAAAUUAUAAGCUGAAACUGUCUAUAUGCCAACUGAAUGUGAAACUCAUGUUUUAUUCCCUUCUUAUUCUUAAUUCACUUAUUCAGCUAUUUCAAAUGAGGAUUUAGAAACAUCAGUUAGUUAGAAUAUUGUUACUAUAAAAUCUAAAAAGAUAUAUGGAAAUUAUAUAGUUACUAUAUUUUUAAGAUAAUCUAAUAUUCUGAUAGAUUCAGUUAAUAUACCAGUUGUAGUUAAUAAACCAAAUAGAGCAAUUUUAUACUAUGGUAGAAAGAUUGAAUUAGGUUCAUCAGUUAGAAUAGUAGCUGACUUCCUAAUAUAAGAUCAUUAAAUGAAUCUUUGUUUGUGUCCAACACAUAAAAUACAUUGGUAUUUAGAUGAAAAAUUGGUUUAGACAGCUCCAAAUUCUUUGGGACUUUCAGUUUCAACAGUUGUUGUUGGAAAAAUUAAUAUUAAAAUCAAAGCUUAUGAUUUAGAAGCUUAGACAUUAUUAGAAGUUGAGAGAUUAAAUUCUUAUACUAGAAACUUAUUUAUUAAUACCAAGACAUUAUAUCAUAUUCCACUUCUUAUUCCUACCAAUAGUAGAUUAGCUUUAGGAUAAGAAAUUAAAAGUGUUUAAUAAUUAAAUAUGAAUCCACCAAACAUUAUUGAAAGUGAUAGUAUUACUUUGUAACCUCAAUUAUUAUAAGCUACUACUCCAAUGUUAAUUUAAGUAGAAGAAAUUUAUUAAAUGUAUCCAAUGUCAGAAUUUGUAAAUUUGAAAGUAGAUGAAAAAUUAGAAAUUUAAAUUGCCUACUUAAAUUAAGAAGGAUAUCAAUUUGAAGAUAUAGAAGACAAUAAACUUGAAGUUUUAGGUUAUACAAGACAUAUUGUAUAAAUUAAGGUUAAUAAAAAUGGAAUUGAAAUAUAGGGUCUAGAUUAAGGAUUUGCAUUGAUUAAAUUAAAUUGUGGAAAUAAUAAAAUUGAUUAUAUUCUUGUAAAAGUAGGAGCCACUUUAUUAUAAAAGAAAGCUUAUCUUGGAUCUACAAUCACUUAUAGGAUGGAUAAUUCAGAGAAACCUAUAUGGAAUUCAAAUUGUGGUAGCUUUAAGGGAAAUUAAUUAACAAUUGAAAAAGAAUUAAAUGAAUGUUAUGUUGAAGUAAAUGAUUAAGGUAAUAAAUUCAAAGCUGGACUUGAAGUCAUUAGACCAUCACAUAUAAUUAUUGAAUCAAAUAAAGUAGAUAAUUAUUUGAAUAUCAAAUUAAAUGUUAAUCCUAAAAUACCUUAAUCAGAUUAAGUUAAUCCAAAUUUUGAGAUCAAAAUUGAAGUCGAUUAACCUUAAUGGUUUGAAUUAGUAAAAACUGACAAUUUAUAUGAAUAUAAUAUCAAACCAAUUAUUGCUUAAGAUAAUACACCUAUGCCAAAGAAAGUAAAGGUUAAUGCAUUCAUUUCAAAUCAAUUUAUUUAAUUAGAUGGUAGCAAAGAAAUUACUUAUGAAAGAGAAUUCUAUCUUCCGAAUAAGGAAAUAUUUAUUUAAAAUAGUCAACCAAUCUAAAUUCUAAGAAUUCCUUACUAUAGAAAUAUUGAAAAGACUUAUCAAGAUAAUCAUUUAUUAGGAUUAAUUACAACCCAAUUUUCUCAAGGUCGAGUUGAGAUUGUAUUUGAUUUUAGUCAAUGUCAUGAACCUACAGAAGGGGAUGUGUAUUUUGAAAAUGGAUAAAAAAUAAGAGUUAAAUUCGUAUAAGAGUCUAGCUACGAAUUAAUAAUAUUUUUAGCUGCACUAGGUAUAUAUUUUAAAUAUUAUAAUUUUAGUCUUCUUUAUCUUAAUAAUUAUGAACUAUUUGAGAUGAA